UUAUUUUUUUGGUUGUAUUUUAUUUAUUAUCCUUUGAUGCCUCCUGUUGUUUGGGAAGCAGCUUUCAAACGAAGAGCUUGAAAAACACGCAUUCGCAGCAGCCACAUAACCAGAGAAUAGAGAUGGCUACCAAAAAUCCCUCGUUCAAGAUAAUUCUGGGCUCUUCUUCAAAGGCUCGCAGGGAGAUUCUUGCUGAUAUGGGAUACGAGUUCACAAUAAUGACUGCAGACAUUGAUGAGAAAAGUAUUAGGAGGGAAAAACCUCAAGAUUUGGUUAUGGUCUUAGCUGAAGCAAAGGCUGAUGCUAUUGUGCAAAGGCUUCUUGCUGAAGGUCCAUUGGAGGAAGAUGCUUCUGCUACACUGUUAAUCACUGCUGACACUGUUGUGGUGUACAGAGGAAUAAUCAGAGAAAAACCAACUAGUGAAGAAGAAGCACGAGAAUUCGUCAAAGGAUACUCUGGUAGUCAUGCAGCUGUGGUAGGGUCUGUUGUGGUAACUAACCUCACGACUGGAAAACGUUGUGGGGGAUGGGAAAGUGCAGAGGUUUAUUUCCUUGAAAUACCAGACGAGGUCAUUGAUAAUCUGAUUGAAGAGGGAGUUACAUUCAAUGUUGCUGGGGGUUUGAUGCUGGAACACCCCUUGACCUUACCCUUUGUGGACGCAGUGGUUGGGUCAGCUGAUACUGUGAUGGGACUUUCAAAAGCUCUUACAGAGAAACUCCUAUUGGAAGCUCUAUAGCUGCUGCAGUAGUACAAUUUAGUCCGAUUGAUACCUAGUUUAAGGCAAUUUUACUCUGAUGUUCCAUGUAAUACUACAAAAUACAAACAAGAACAUGAGAUGUUGCUGAUUUUUGUUUUAUCAUGAGCUGAAAAAGGCUGUUAUGUAAUUGUUUCCAAGUUUUGAAUGCAUGGCAUAAAGCUUGUUGCAGAUGCCGAUGGUGCUGUGUUCAACUGCUAACCAACAAAAAUAAAAGAAAAUAAUAGAAUGGUGCCCAAA